AUAUGUAUAUGAAACAUGACCGAUGGUAGAUGCAAGUGUUUUAUCACAAGUUAAUUUGUGCGCACUGCACUCUACCACAACCACUGUAUCCGAGAUCAUGACACAAAUAAGAAUGCCAAAAUGAACAUUUGAACGAUUUAUUUACGUUUGCGGCAUUUUCAACAGGAAUCGAUCGUCACAUACACGAUCAUUCCUGCCCAAGGAUUCUACGUCGUAUCUGGAAAUAUCACCAUCCGGACACCACUUACCGCAACACCGGCCCUACAUUUAUUUUAUGUGAAUGAUUUUCCUAUUUUGCCAAUGACUGCGUUUGGUGGGGACAUAUCAAAUUCAUUUGAGGACAGUGAAAAUUUGAGGACUGUGCAGAAACAUAAAAAUACAUUCAGCCUAAAAAAUAUUUGCGUCGCUUACUUAGUUUCAUUUUUACAUAAGGCUUGACAGAAAUCGAAAGUGAAAGUGAAGUUGCCAUAAAGUCAUUCGUGUCAGGUUUCGGUAGCUUGUGGAUAUUCAAUGAAAUCGAUGAAGAGAGCACUGAUGGAAGGAAGCAGUUUGUCAAGGAUCCGCUGCUGUAUUUUGCGUUUCAGGAGUGGGACACAAGGCCUGGUUGGAUUAAGGAAUUAUGGCCUGUCUUGCUGUGUGAAUGCACUGCUACAGUCCUUCUCCGCUACCUGGGAAAUGGUAGACCUACUAGACAGGUGGAAUCCAGUUGACAAGGAAAAUGGAAGUGUCCCUCUGCAGCUGAGAAAGACAUUAGUGACCAUGCGAGACUUUAGUGGCCAUGGAACUCACCAUUGGGACUUCCUGCACUGCCUGAACAGGCAUGAGAUCAGCCUCCAUAUUCAGCAGGAUGCAGUUGAGGUAUUCCUCUCUAUUCUUAACUUCAUCCAACAACAGAUGCACGACAAGACUUUGGCCCAAAAGAUACAGUGCCUGUAUAAGGUUGAUGUGGAGACGUACCUCCAGUGUACAAAAUGUAGCAACAUUUACUCUGGGACCAGCUUUUUUCUCUGCCUCCCUCUAACCAUAAGAGAGACACAGAACUCUUUGGAGGACUGUGUAAGGUUAUUUUUUGAGCUGCAGGAGUUGAGGGGCAAGGAUGAAUGCUACUGUGAGAGGUGUGGAGAGAAAACGCCAUCCAAACAUGGCUUUAAACUCAUCUCCCUGCCACCGGUCCUAUGUCUUCACCUGAAAAGAGUCCGUAACUCCGGAGGUUUUACAAAGAAACUACACAGCCAAGUAUCUUUCCCAGAAACCCUGAACAUUUCAGGCAUUCUGACAGCAGAGGUACUCUCAAAAAGUUAUGUACACCAGAGUGACAGCCAGUACAAUUUGUAUGCAGUCAUAGUGCACUCUGGUUGUGCCCUAUGUGGACACUACACAGCCUACAUCCGUCAGAAGGAUACGAGCUGGUACUACGCAAAUGAUGAUUAUAUAAAACAGGUUAGCUGGGCGGAAGUGCAGAAUGCUUAUGGAGGAAGUCAAAGAGAUGGCACGGCGUAUAUGUUGCUCUACAGACGUACCCUGAAGGACUGCUCCUCAGGCUAAUAGAGCUGAACGAAUGAAGAGUAGAGACUGGAUGCCGUAGUCAAGGAUCCAGCACAGUGGACACGGACUGCUGUGUGAAUGAACUGUUGGAGGGGUUAUCUUCAUGUAGCAAAUUCAGUUAUAUGUAUGGUUUUAACUGUUUAAUUAUGGGAUAUGGGUUAUAUAUUUAUUGAGUAUUUAUGAUGUGGUCUGUAUGUAUUUCUGAGAUCUAUUUUAUCUUGCGUAGUUUAAAUUGCAAUUCAUAAGACGUUGCUGAGAUUAGCCAAAAGGGGGAGACAAAGACACAUCCCUCUGUCUCUACCACGUAUUUUGCAGGAUUAGUUAAAGUUACAGUUUCCUUAGCCUUAAAUAGUUAUAGCAUUGUACUUCAUGGGUUAGGUACCUAUCUAACCCUUUGCCUUUUCUUUCUGUAGCAUGCUUUGUUGUAAAAAAAAAUUGUCACUGAGGACUAUUUGUUCCAUUGCGUCAAAACAAUUUUCAUGCUAUUACUGUAACCUGUGGUUAUUUGAUUCAGUUGUUCAGGACACUAAAUUACAAAAAUAAAAAUAUUAUGGGUAAA